CCUCCACUCCCUUUGAGCGUAUUUGCCAUUCUUUUGCUCCCAAACUCACCAAUUCGGCGUCUUAACACAGCAAAACGAUGCUGUCCUCGCGGAUUUUGACCCGGCGCCUGCCCCAGGUUGCUGCUCGCUUUACCGCUCCGCGCGCCUCGUUCUCGCAAGUCCGGAGCCUUUCUGCAGCUGAGAUUGAUGAUCCUUUGCAGAACGGAGGUUAUCAGAACCCCCCUCGUGUGAAGCGUGCUUUCAGAGACCCCUACGGCGACUGGUGGGAUAAGCAGGAGAGAAGGAACUUUGGCGAGCCCGUUCACGAGGAGAAUGAAAUCCUCGGCGUCUUCAGUCCCGAGCAAUAUACCCAUGUCACACCCCGCAAAGGCCUGUUCCAGAUUGGAGCUUUCAUCGCAACCUUCCUUACUCUCUGUGGUGUCGUGAGCCUGUACUACCCUGACAAGCCCAGCGUCCCAAAGACUUAUCCCGGCGGCUUGGAGAAGGAGCUUGGAGGUGCGAGUGCUGUUCCGGCUCGCAAGGCCGGUGAGGACUCUUGGUAGUGGUUUGAUUUCAUAUUGUGUAAAUACUACAGUGCAGUUUUUCUUUUACGGUUUCAAUCAAAGGUCUGAUUGUCAAUUCAUAUAAUGCGGAAGGACAAUCCUGUGCCUCAAUCGUUGCGGGAUGGAGCAUUUGCUUAUAUUGCCAGCUUUUAAGGCUCGGGGUUCCUUGUCCUACGUGGGAUAGGACAUCUGUGCUAUGUCGAUGUCGAUCAUUGGCUUGCAGCUGUCCAUAAUGGAGCACGUCCUGAACCAAAGCACACCAAAACUGCAGCCGAUUUGACCGUCAAGAGAACAGGACGAUGGAUGGAGAUCAGGUUCCUAGGGCGUCAAGCUACUCCAGAGGCAUCGUCAACUUCCCUUGACUGAUAACACUCAAAACCGGAAUAAAGAGCAGAUAGAGACCGCUGUGGGACACCAUACUGAAGUAUGUACCUAGGGCAGAGUACUGCAUGUACCAUUAUAGCUGCGUUCAUAUUAUGUGCACC